AUUAAUGUUAUCAAAACUGAAGGAUUUUGACCAAGAUUUUGGCGACGAGUGGACAACAUUGGCCAACAUAACCGAAACGGACGACCCAAACAUUAAAAUCAGACAGCAAAGUCUAAUCGACGAGUAUAUCCGCAAAAUGAUGGACUCAUUGCCGGUCUCUAAGUUCAUGACAUACGGCGUGUCGGCCGACGACUUUCUCAUCCCAUCAUUCUUUCGCUGCGCUUCCGAUAGGUUUCACCCGUCGGAGCCGUGCAUUCUCAACUCACAGGUGCGCGCGUGUGACAAAACUGCCCUGCUGGUUCGGUGCCACGUCCAGCCCAUCGCCGUCCCAAUCGCACCAUUUGAGCAGAUUUUCCUGCGCGUCCUCCAGACUGCCCCUCAUGAACGGCAACUCCGGUUGCCAACACUGGCACCUGGGAAUACCCGAAAAUACGCGAACGUGAUCACCACGACACAGGACCUUGGUAAUUGUUUCACACUAUUCCACCGUGGUCGUAGCGAACUGCUCACCUCCAUCGCCAUCGAGUCGGGUCUAUCGCAGUCACCGGUACGCCGGGGGGCGGACAACGAGGCGGUCAACAUCGAGAUCAGCGAAGAGCCCUUUCACCCGAACGAAAUCAUCAGGCUCAAAUUGGACUUCAAAGCGGGCGAAUACACUACCCUAAACGAACCGGUGAUGGGCCACGUCAUUGUGCACGACGAUCACGAGGCGCCGCCCAUACGCGAGAAAAAUUUCAACCUUUUUCCCGGCAAUUACUACGAGUUUUACAUAUCGAAAGAGUCGGACAAACUGUUGCCCAAACCCUACGCCACCGAUUGUGUCGACCAUAAGCUCUCGUCAUAUGACGGCAGCGAAGAUGUGAACGAAUACCUGCACCACCCGUUGAGCAAGGGCAAUUGUAUCAUCGGCUGUAUGGCACAGGCGACGAUGGACAGGUGCCAGUGUUGGCCACCGGAGUUGCCGUUUAUGAGGGGCAGUCUGGAGGACGCGCAGGAAAAUCUGCUCAAAUGGUGCGAUUGGGACGGCGAUGGGCUGGACGUGGCACCGAACCAGCCUGAUAAGCCGGCAAAUGCAACCUGGUUUCAAUACUGUUUUACCGUACACGAGACACAGUGCAAAGCCAAGUGUAACUCCGAUUGCAAAAUAGACAGAUAUCGGAUUAUUAAGGAAGUCCGUCAGUGGCCGUCCACUGAACGCAUUGAGCACAGCAAGAAAGGUGACUAUCUUUAUGAUAUGAGGCAGUGCUGCGCCAUUGUGUCCAUCAGGUACUGGAGCGCCGAGCAAGUGAUCAAUCAGUAUCAGCCCAAGUUUGAGACGGCUGAGUUCUCGUCAUACAUCGGGGGCCUGUUGUCGAUGUGGGUCGGCUUCUCACUACUGGGCCUUUACGAUGUGAUCGAGGGUAUUGUGGUCUACAUGUAUAAACGUGUUAAAGAAAACGCCCAGGAUAAUAAUAAGCUAGGUGGUCUUACCGGACUCAACAAACUGUCCCCGAUUAUUGAGCCCAUACAGGUGUUUAACACUAGUAACAACGCUACUAAAUACCCGGACCCUUACGGUAAUCACCAGUUGUACCGACAGCGGUGGCGACGGGCGGCCCGCGUGGCCACUAUUGUCGACCGCUGGACACAUAGCGGUAAUCAAACAAAUAAA